AUGGGGGGCUUCGAUGACGACGACUUGCACGAUUACGAAAACGAGGAUUUGGGGUUUGACGAAGACGCGUUGAACGAUGACGAAUACGACCAAUUGUACGACGCUCUUCCCAAACUCAAGGCCCUUGCGAAGAAUUACCAGGUCGACGAAAAGGCGUUGAAAGAAAUCCUAUGGAGCAAUUAUUUCAGCGUAGAAGACUCCUUUGAGGAGGUGAAGCAGAACUACAAGCGUGAGUAUGAUGAGUACGUGUGGGUGGUCCCUGACGGUGAACGGCCAAUGUCUAAGCUGGAGCUGCUGGCACAGCAACGCAGAGAACGCACGGGCCUGCGCGGGCUCAGGAGCGAGGGCAGAGAGGGUUUGUCUGGUCUUCUUGGGAGGGUCAAGGAUACGCCAAAACGGGAGAGAGUCAGAAGGCCUAGACCGACUGAGACCAAACAGGAGGAGCAAACUACUGCUCCAAAACCGGAUGAACAGGGGGUUGAGGAAAUACAGAAACCGGAGGAGACCGAGCCCAUCUGCCUACUUCCUCCGCUUCCGUCUACCACAUCAUUUAACAUACUGACUACCACUCCGUCCAGCCUAAUUUCUCUCCUUUUUGUGCGCCCCACAGAGCCACCGUCUCCGUUGCCCAAUAUCAGUCUAUAUACUAACUCCGAUCUAGCGAAGAAAGCCGCUGCAAAUUUUGCGAAGCCGGGCCCCGACGACCGCAAAGUGGAGAAUCUCACAGAGAAGGUGGCUAAGAUCAAGAUAAAAGAGCCAAAGCCGGUGGCAUCGAAGCCGAAACAGAAAAUUAAUAUUGACGCAGAACUGGCGAAGAAAAACAGCAAGCCAAAUUUGUCGUUUGUCGUGAUCGGCCACGUCGACUCCGGCAAGUCCACGCUGAUCGGCCGGCUGCUAUACGAUCUGGGCAUUGUCGACUCCAAGACGCUGCACAAGCUCACUAAAGAGAGCGACGCGAUGGGCAAGUCGUCGUUCUCGCUCGCCUGGAUUAUGGACCAGACGCAGGAGGAGCGUUCCCGAGGCGUCACCGUCGACAUUUGUCAGACACAGAUCGAGACCCCAACGCAGAAGUUUACCAUUAUCGACUCUCCGGGCCAUAAAGACUACGUUCCGCAGAUGAUCAACGGUGUGAGCCAGGCCGACCUAGCGGUCAUGAACAUCGACGCAAACUCGUUCGAAAGCGGUUUCAGCAACCAGGGCCAGACCAAAGAGCACCUGACCAUUGCCAAAAGUCUCGGCAUCGAGCGGUGUGUGGUGACUAUCAACAAGCUGGACGUUACGCAGUGGUCGCAGACGGUGUACGACGCGAUCUGCGACCAGAUUAGACAGUUUCUAGUCGACGAGCUGGCGUACGACGCGGCGAACCUGGUUUUUGUGCCGACGUCGGGUUUCCUCGGCGACAACGUUGUCAAGCCAAGCAAGAAUCUGUCGUGGUACACGGGUCCGACGCUGAUGCAAGUUUUAGAGCAGGAAAAUAGAGCAGUCAGUCACGUGGUGGACAAGAAAUCGCCUUUUGUCAUGGUAAUCAGCGACAUCCAAGAGUCCAGCAAGAACGAUGAGCUGGUGAUCAGCGGGCGGAUCAACUCGGGCAUCAUCCAGCCCGGCGAGAGCGUGAGCAUUUCUCCGAGCCAGGAGGUGGCCGUCGUGGACUCGAUCUCGAUCACGGCGUCGAGCGUCGGGUCGUCGGUGAUCAAGCACGAUCUGCAGAAACUUGCACAGGAGGGCGAGUUUGUGGAGCUGAAGCUGAAGAAGCUGGCGUCGUGUGAAAACAUCAAAAUUGGAGACGUGGUGACUUUGGCGUCGAACGUUCUGCAACCUGUGAAAAAAUUCAAGUGCGAGCUAAACCUGUUCAACAUCGAGCGGCCGCUUCUCGUGGGCACGCCGUUCGUGCUGUUCAAGAACGGGAUCUCUGUGCCGUCACGGCUGAGCGAGAUCGAGUCGAUCGUGACGAAAGACGGCAGGAGCAAGAAACGGCGCCAUCUGAGCUCGAACAACAAGGCCGUGGUGGUGGUAGAGCUGCUCGAACGAGAGCUGCCCCUCCUGACAGUCGCACAGCACCACAAGCUGGGCCGCGUGGUGGUCCGUAAAGACGGGCUGAGCAUCGGCGCCGGGAAAAUCCUCGAGCUGGUGGCAUAA